AUGAUGUUUUUGGAGAGGGGCGUCUUCGGCCUUUCUGAGGCUGGGGAGCAUCCCGGCUGGGGAGAGAACAAGCAGCACGAGAAGGACGAGGAGGACGAGGACGAGAACGAGGACGAGAAGAGGAAGAGGAAGAGGAAGAGCAAGAAGAAGAAGAAGAAGCACAGCAAGAAGCACAGCAAGGACAAAAACUUAGGCCAGCUUCAAACCAUCUCACUUUGA